CUUUUCUUGCAUUCAAAGCUCAUCUUUCUUCUUCUUCCCUAUCCUCUCAUUUUCCUCUUUCAUUUUUAUUUAUAUAUUACCAAAAGAGAAUACUUUUCCAUUUUAUAAUUUCUCCUUACCACAGUUGGAUUACGAAAGGUCCUUCCCUCCUCCAUAUCUUUCCAUUUUAUACAACCCAUACCAACCUCUUCACACUCUUCUUCCUCCUUUUUAAUCAUUUACAUAAAAAUCCAAACCAAAAACUGUAAUAAACAAAUCAGAAAAGAAAAGAAAAAAAUGAAAGGUGAAGGUAACGAGAUGUUUCCAAAGCUCCCUCAAAACCACUCACUCUCCUCUCACUUCAACCUCCCGGCAACCAUCGCCGUCGAUGACUCCUCCAUCGAAGUCGUCCGUCGACCACGUGGCAGACCACCAGGUUCCAAAAACAAACCAAAACCACAAGUUUACGUCACACGCGACACUGAGCCUCCUAUGAGUCCUUACAUCCUCGAAGUACCUUCGGGAAACGACGUCGUUGAAGCCAUCAACCGCUUCUGCCGCAGAAAAUCCAUCGGCGUGUGCGUUCUCAGUGGCUCUGGCUCCGUCGCCAACAUCACCUUACGUCAGCCUUCUCCCGCAGCUCCUGGCUCGACCAUAACUUUCCACGGAAAGUUCGAUCUCCUCUCCGUCUCCGCUACUUUCCUCCCUCCGCCGCCUCGUACCUCCUUGUCUCCUCCCGUUGCCAAUUUCUUCACUGUCUCUCUUGCCGGACCCCAAGGACAGAUUAUCGGGGGAUUCGUCGCCGGCCCGCUAAUUUCCGCCGGAACAGUUUACGUCAUCGCCGCUAGCUUCAACAACCCGUCGUAUCACCGGUUACCGGCGGAGGAAGAGCAUAGGCACUCGAUUUCAGCGAGGGCAGGAGAAGGAGACGGCCAAUCUCCGCCGGUAUCUGGAGGCGGUGGAGAGUCAGAACACGUGGCGGUUAGAGGAGAAGAGUCUUGUGGGGUAUCCAUGUACAGUUGCCACAUGGGUACUCAUGGCUCUGAUGUUAUUUGGGCCCCAACCGCAAGGGCUCCACCGCCUUACUGACCAAUCUUUCACCAAGAGUCUCUCUGGCUUUCUGCUUUUGGUAUCGAAGAGUCAUCUCCUUUUGCUUUAUAUCUUCUCUAGCUUUUUUUUUUGGACAACAUCUUCUCUAGCUUUUAAUGUCAGAAUUUGACUCUCUACGAUCUUACUCGCGAUUUUGUGUUGUUUUAACUUAGUUACAAGUUUCACAUUUAAAUAAAUUUUAUUAUAUGCCUCCAACCCCCAAGUUUCUUCCACUAUAUUUUAGGUGAUAUUAAACUAAAAAUUGUGGCUCUUAAUGAUUAAUUUCCAUUAUUUAGCAAAAAAAAAAAAAGAAGAUUCUUUUCCAUUUUUUUAUGGUAUUGCAUCAAUAUGUUGGUUUAUUGGAUCUCCAGAAAUGGAUGUAUAAUAGUGGUGUUACUAAUCUUGUUAGAGUGAAUUAAUGGAUUUAAUUAUUUUAAAGUGAACUAGUCCAAAAGUAUUUUUGCCACUUUGCUAAAAUUAACUUAAAAUUUGAAUUUCCGUGAAAAUAUAUUUUCUAAAUUUAAUCAAUUGUAAAAGUAGUUUACAAG